GCACGCGCUUGUGGAACUGCAGCAGGAAUGUCCGACUUGGCAAAAGACAAAGCAGCGCGUCUGCUAAGGAAAAGAGGGAGCAUAUCUUCUCUAAGCAGUCACGAUGUUAGACCAAGAGAGAGCUUCACAAAACCAAAAGACUCCAGCAGUGCUGUAUCCUAUAUGGAUGACCCCGGCCAGCAUGAAGAUGUAGUGCACGUGCCAGUCCAGAUGGAGAACACCUAUCACUUAGGUCCCACAAAACGCUUUCCUGUAGCCACCGUUAAUCACAUCUUAAAGGACGUCUUGACGAGUUAUCUUCAGAACCAGAUAUAUGAACCUGAAAUCUGCAGACAGUUGACAAAAACCAUCUCAGAGGUUGUUAAGGCACGUGUUAAAGAUCUGAUGAUACCAAGAUACAAGAUUGUCGUCCUCCUCUAUAUCGGCCAGAUGAAUGAACAAAGUAUGCGAAUAGGGAGCCGAUGUCUUUGGGAUGCAACAAAUGAUACAUUCGCUUCUUUUACAUUCAAAAACGGCUCUGCGGUUGGAACGGUAUAUGCAGUUUACUUUGAGUGA